GAAUUUAUUGUGUACAUUUACAAUCAGAAUUGAAAUCAUGGCCAUUAAAAGAUAAUGGCACAAGAAAAAUUUUAUGCCGUUGUUGAAUUUGAGGAUGGGCUUCAAAUUGUUCCAAAUAAUUGGUUGAAUUCGAAUUUAAACAAGGCUGUUUGGCCAAAUUUCACUAACAACAAGCGUUACUAUAAGGCUGUGAAAUUUAUGGAAAACCCAGAACCUACAUGGAUAGAACAUCCAAUUCGGAAAAUAUAUGCAAAAGACACAAACUAUGAAUUAGCAAGAAGAAAAUUAAAAGAUGCUGAAGAACUAUCAGAUAUCAAUUCUGGCACUGACAAAGAGGAACUUCCAAAAAUGCCUGUUAGGCCUGUACAUACCUCUAAAAAAAUGAAAAAGGCAAAAUUGUCACAGAAAGAAUUAACAGUGAAACAUAAAAACUCAUAAUCAACAUUGGACAGAUAUGAUUGCAACUACAAUGUAAAAGAUAUACCUAAACCUAGUACAUCUAAAAAGAUACAUGCAGAUGAUAAAGAUGAUGUAGAUAAUGACGUAAAUGAUGAAGAUUAUG